AUGGCCCAGCCAAACCAUCCCGACAUCGCGAACAAGCCCGCCCAGGGCAUCUCCUACUUCACCCCGGCCCAGGUGCCCCCCGCAGGAUCCGCGGCGAUCCCCCAAUCCGAUGGAUCGCAGCCUCCCAAGCUCUUCACGUCGUUCCAGGUUCGAGGUCUGACUUUCCACAAUCGCAUUGGCCUCUCCCCGCUAUGUCAAUACAGCGCCGACGACGGACACAUGACCGACUGGCACAUGGCGCAUCUGGGCGGCAUCGCUCAGCGCGGUCCUGGAUUCUUGAUGGUCGAGGCAACAGCCGUGCAAGCCAAUGGUCGCAUCACUCCACAAGACCACGGACUCUGGAAAGACUCCCAAAUCGAACCGCUUCGCCGCGUGAUCGAAUUCGUCCACAGCCAAAACCAAAUCAUCGGCGUCCAAAUGGCGCACGCAGGCCGCAAAGCCAGCACCGUGGCGCCCUGGCUCAGCAUGGCCGACAUGGCUACCGAAGCAGUGGGCGGAUGGCCCGAGAAUGUCAAGGGACCCAGCAACAUCCCCUUCCACGACAAAUUCCCCACUCCGCAGGCCCUGACCAAGGCCGAAAUCGAGCAGUUCAAAAAAGACUGGGUCGAUGCGCUCAAGCGGGCCGUCAAGGCCGGCGCCGACUUUGUUGAGAUCCACAACGCCCACGGCUACCUGCUGAUGAGCUUCUUGUCGCCGGCCACCAACAAGCGGGCAGACGAGUACGGCGGCAGUUUCGAAAACCGCACCCGGCUGACGAUGGAGGUCGCCAAGUUAACCCGCGAAACCGUUCCGAAGGAUAUGCCCGUGUUCCUGCGUGUCUCAGCCACCGACUGGCUCGAGGAAUCCAUGCCCGAUGAGCCCAGCUGGCGCGUCGAGGAUACGGUCCGCUUAGCCAAGGCGCUGGCGGAUAGUGGCAACGUCGAUGUGCUGGAUAUUAGUAGUGGGGGGAACCACCAGAAGCAGCAUAUCCAUGCCAAGGCCGCCUUCCAGGCGCCUUUCGCGAUCGAGGUUAAGAAGGCUGUGGGCGAUAAGCUGAAGGUCGGCACGGUCGGAAUGAUCGACUCGGCCAAGUUGGCUGAUUCGCUGGUGGAUAACAAUGAUCUGGACUUUGUUCUGGUUGGACGAGGCUUCCAGAAGAACCCUGGCCUGGUGUGGACGUGGGCGGAGGAGCUCGAUGUCGAGAUCUCCAUGGCCAACCAAAUUCGCUGGGGCUUCUCCAGCCGCGGUGGUGGCGUCUACUUGAAGAAGCGGACUGGGAAGAUGUAG